AUGUUGGAUUCGAAGGACGAUCUUGAAGCUGUGGAAGGAGAUGAGCUCCUAAAUGAGUCCGUGAUAGUUGGGAGUGUUUUACUGGACAAGCUUUGGUGUCUACGAGAAUCUCAAUCCGAUAGCGACUGGAAUGGCAACGUAAAAGAGGUAUCUUUGUUUAUGAUGGCCGACACAGCGUACAGUAGCUGUUGCGUGGAUGAGGUCGGAGCAUCGCACAUCAAUGCUGAUUAUGUCGUGCACCACGGCCACGCGUGCUUCAGCCCGACUACAACUCUUCCAGCAUUCUUUGUUUUUGGAAAAGCUUCAACUGGUGUGUCCAAUUGUGUAAAAAAUUUAUCAGAUCAUGCUGUGAGAAACGGCAAACCUUUCCUGGUCCCCUUUGGGCUAGAAUAUGCACAUUUGAUACAGCAUAUAAGAGAUGAAGUGGUAGAAGCAUGUAUGAAUAGCUCUAGAUUAGAAAUCCAAUUUGCUGAAACUAUGUCUUCGGACAUGAAUCCAUCAGAAUCUCGUAAGAUCUCCAAUGGGAGCUUGGAAGCAGCUAGUGUCUUCUCUGAUGAUAAAUGUAUCAGGACAGUGGUUGGUAAUAGAUAUACCAUUGGAGGCUUGGUCUGGGAAUUACAUGAGGAAUACAAAAUGGAGGACUACUUGUUUUUUUGGAUUGGUUGUGGAAAUGCUGCAUUUGCAAGUGUUGUACUGACGUUAAAUGGUUGUGAAAUAGAUAUGAUGCAAAGUCAAAUUGCAUGGUGACAGACUUAUCUCAACAAAGAAGAAUUCUUAAGCAUAGAUGUUACCUGGUCAAGAGAAGGCAAAGGAUGUAAACAUUGUUGGUUUUCUGGUUGGAACUCUUGGUGUAGCCUGCAAAGCCAGAGGAUUAGACCUAUGAGUUCGUUUUAAGAAUACUAGGGAAACAACCAAUGCUACCAUGCAGGCCCUUUGGAAUACUGUAAGCAACAUGUCACUUACACAGACCCUCCUAGAACAUAAGGAGUGAAGAAAAAGGGAUAGUAAUGCAAUAAUGACAAUGGUGAUUAAAUGGUAAAGCCUUCUAAGAUUGUGCUUUACUCUCGACUUAGCACCAGUGAACUGCUUAUGGCAAUAGAUCCAAAUACGAAGCAUCUGUUGUAUUAUGAGGACAAGGCAGACCAUUCAAAAGGAUCUAUAUCUAGAGAAGUUGUUGCUUGUUGAAAAUACUUUGAUAUCUUUGCACAACGACAAAUAGGACCGCUCAAAUAAUGACAGAGGCUUACGUGUUAUGCCAAUGAACUUAUAUGAGUUUCAAGUUGUUGGGCAUGGCAUGUUCGUUGGAGUUGUUAACUUAGAAAAUAAGACGUGCUCAUGCAAGGAAUUUGACAUUGAUGGAUUUCCUUGUGUCCAUGCAAUUGCAGCAUGUAAGCAUCGACAUAUUUCUCCAUAUUUCCUUUGCUCGGCGCAUUACUCAGUUGACUCACUCUGUGAUGCAUAUUCGGAAACCAUAUAUCCACUUGGAGAUAAAUGUCAGUAGCAUGCUCCAGAUGAUGUCAUAAACCAGGUUGUACUUCCACCUCAAAUUGGCAAACAGUUAGGAAGACCGAGAAAGAAGAGGAUUCAAUCUCAAGGAGAGGAGCAUCAUCAAUAUAGAUGUGGGAGGUGCAAACAGGUUGAUCACAGCAGCCGAUCAUGCUCCGCCGCCGUACCUCUUGAUAGCACUACCAACCAAUAGCACCACUGAAACGAAGGCCCAUCAAUUGUGUGAUGCUAUAUUCAGACAAUGGGGCCAUGUUAUGCGGUAUGCGUGUGUAUGCAAUGUAGUCAGGAAUGCAAUUAGUUGCUCAACCACGUAACAUGUGUUUUGGCAUAAUAGACGUUGGCUUUAUGUGUUCUGUUGUUGUCAAAUUCAUCUGUCGUAUUGUUUUGAUAACAUAUCAUUCCUUGUUCA